UAAAAUCAGCUGAUGUUUCUGACAGAUAGAAGUAAACAAACAUGAACCAUCCACCAGUAAAAAGAUAUCGAAAAGAUGACAAUAAAAAUGGUUCAGAGUCAGAGGACGAUAAUUACGUACCCUACGUUCCAGUAAAAGAACGGAAAAAGCAACAAUUGCUAAAGCUAGGACGUUUAGGCCAGCUGAAAGAAUCCGAACAAAAUAAGGCGAAAUCUUCCAGUGAAAAUGAAACUGCAGAGGACGACGAAGAGGAUGAAAUUUGGGGCAGAAAAAAUAACAUACCAUUGCUGGAUCAGCAUACAGAACUUAGAAAACUGGCUGAAGCCAAGAAGGUAAGUGCUGUGGAAAGGCAAUUGAAGAAGGAAGAAGAAAUUUUGGAGAUUGUUGCCGAAAAGAAAGCUCUAAUGGGUGUAUCUGAACUUGCCAAAGGUAUACAGUAUAAUGAUCCAAUAAAAACCAGUUGGAGACCGCCUAGAUAUAUUUUGGCAAUGCCUCACACAAGACAUGAAAAAAUAAGAGUUGAACUAAGAAUAUUAGUUGAAGGAGACGAAAUACCUCCUCCUCUACGAACUUUUAAAGAUAUGAAGCUACAUGAAGGUAUUUUAGAAGGUUUAAAAGAGAAAAAAAUUAAUAAACCCACUCCUAUUCAAGUCCAAGGAAUACCGACAGUGCUCUCAGGUAGAGACAUGAUAGGAAUCGCUUUUACUGGCUCUGGAAAAACUCUAGUCUUUGUAUUACCACUAAUAAUGUUUUGUCUGGAACAAGAAGUUAAAAUGCCCUUCAUAAAAAAUGAAGGACCAUAUGGUUUGAUUAUAUGCCCUUCUAGGGAACUUGCCAAGCAAACUUUUGAUAUUAUUCAUCAUUUUUCAACUCAUUUGAAGAAAAAAAGUAUGCCAGAGAUCAGAAGUUGUCUGGCUAUUGGCGGGGUUCCCGUGAAUGAGGCUAUAGAAACUAUACAGAGGGGUGUUCAUAUAAUGGUGGCUACGCCUGGUCGUUUGAUGGAUAUGCUGGAGAAAAAAAUAGUGAAAUUGUCGGUUUGUAGGUACUUGUGUAUGGAUGAGGCUGAUAGGAUGAUAGAUUUAGGUUUUGAAGAGGAUGUCAGAACAAUUUUUUCGUAUUUUAAUGGUCAAAGACAAACCUUACUUUUUUCGGCCACCAUGCCCAAGAAAAUCCAGAAUUUUGCCAGGUCUGCUUUGGUUAAACCGGUAACCAUUAAUGUAGGCAGAGCUGGAGCAGCUUCAAUAAAUGUUAUUCAGGAAGUUGAAUAUGUGAAACAAGAAGCUAAGAUAGUGUACUUACUGGAGUGUCUUCAAAAAACCACACCUCCCGUGUUGAUUUUUGCUGAGAAAAAGCAAGAUGUCGAUGCAAUACACGAGUAUCUUUUGCUGAAAGGCGUUGAAGCUGUGGCUAUACACGGUGGCAAAGAUCAAGAAGAACGAUCAAGAUCAGUGGAAGCGUUCAGGAAAAAAGAAAAAGACGUGCUUGUAGCCACAGAUGUCGCUUCAAAAGGUUUAGAUUUUCCGGAUAUUCAACAUGUUAUUAACUAUGACAUGCCCGACGAUGUAGAAAAUUAUGUUCACAGAAUCGGUCGUACUGGUAGAUCAGGCAACAGAGGUCUUGCCACCACGUUUAUCAACAAAUCCAAUGAUGAAAUGGUAUUGUUGGACUUAAAACACUUGCUGAUAGAAGCCAAACAAAAAGUUCCAACGUUUCUAUCAGAAUUAUGUCCAGAAAGCGAGAAAUAUCUCGAACUUGGAGAUGAAAGAGGGUGUAGUUAUUGUGGUGGAUUGGGUCACAGAAUUACGGAUUGUCCUAAAUUGGAGGCCCAACAAAAUAAACAAGCUUCUAACAUCGGUAGAAGAGACUAUUUAUCAAAUACUGCUGCGGAUUAUUAAGAAAAAAAUAUUUCAACUUUUGACUUUUUAUAAAAUUAAAUAAAGCCUUAUUUUUAACUAAAAAGAAAAUAUGGAUUUUUCUAUCUGUUUUUGUAAAUAAAAAAAUCAAUUUGAUUUUAAUAAAUAUUUUGUUUUAGUAAA